AGCCCCAGUGAACUGCAACACCCAGGUCCCAGCUAAGCAUUCUAACCACUGAUUUGUAGGUAGUCUCUACACUCUCCUGCUCCAUGGUGCAUUUUGGGGUGGUGAAUUAAACCAGAUCAUCUUUUUCAUCACAAAGAUUACCCCACUUCUGAAAUACUGCCUAAUCAGCACUUAAACACGCUCUGCAAUGCCUGUUGCCAGCUCAUGACACUCACAGCUGCUUCCCUGAAGAGCUCAUUUUGUUUGGACUUCCUUUUAUCGGCGCAGGUUCCUGCCAGUGAAUCAGUCUGCUGGUGGAGACAGACCAGUGACCGUGGCAGCAGGCAGAAGCCAGGCAGUCCAAGCAGAGAGUUUAAGGGAGCAGUAGCCUGCCAAGGUUGAUGCUACUUGGCCCCCUGCAUCUGAGUAAAAGGUGAAUACCUGGAAGUCCAUCAUCCAUGCCAGCCAAGCCAGCCCCAAGAUGUGGUGCCUCCUCGUGCUGCUCUGCUCCCAGGGAAUUGCCUUUUCAGCAGGAUUCUCAGCAGGAUUCUCAGCAGCCUCCAGUGCAGGUGUUGACACAAGCCGCUGCAAGAAGAGUCGCAACCCGGAAUGCUUCAUGAAUGUUAGUGAAAUUAUCAGGUAUCAUGGAUACCCCAGUGAGGAAUAUGAAGUUACAACAGAAGAUGGAUACAUUCUUGGUGUUUACAGAAUUCCUGCUGGGAGGAAUGACCGAAAUACAGGGCAAAGGCCUGCAGUGUUCCUGCAACAUGCUUUUCUAGGAGAUGCUACUCACUGGAUUUCCAACCUGCCCAGCAACAGCUUGGGCUUCAUGCUUGCAGAUGCUGGCUAUGAUGUCUGGUUGGGAAACAGCAGAGGGAACACCUGGUCUCUAAAACACAAGACCCUUAAGCCCUGCCAGAAGGAGUUCUGGCAGUUCAGCUUCCAUGAAAUGGGUAAAUAUGAUAUUCCAGCAGAACUGAACUUCGUCAUGAAUAAAACUGGACAGAAGGAUGUUUACUAUAUUGGUCACUCUGAAGGGUCAACUUCAGGCUUCAUAGCAUUCUACAUGUACCCCGAGCUGGCUAAACGGGUGAAAGUGUUCUUUGCUCUGGGCCCAGUGACUGCAUGCCCACAUGCUACAAGCCCUCUCAUUAAGAUAACAAAUCUUCCUGAACCACUGCUCAGGUUAAUAUUUGGCUGCAAAGGAGCUGCCCACCAGAUCGAGUUUCUGAAAGGACCCGUGACACAGCUCUGUACAAGCCUGGAUAAGUUUUGUGCCCAUGUUCUCUGUUACAUAGCUGGAGGCAGUGUAAAAAAUAUCAACACGAGUCGAGUAGAUAUGUACGUAGGACAUUCCCCAGCUGGGACAUCGGCACACAACAUUUUUCAUUGGCGACAGCUAGCACAUACAGACCGGUUUCAAGCUUAUGACUAUGGCUCUAAGGAAAACAUGAAGAAAUACAACCAGACUGCUCCUCCUGCAUACAAGAUAGAGGAGAUAAAGGUGCCAACUGCUGUAUGGAGUGGUGGACAGGACACGUUUGCAGACCCAACAGACAUGGCAAGGCUUCUUCCUCGGAUCACUAACCUCAUUUACCAUGAGCAUUUUCCUACAUGGGGACAUCUUGAUUUCAUCUGGGGCCUUGAUGCAACUGAGAAAAUGUAUUUGAAAAUCAUUGAAUUAUUAAGAAAAUAUUUUUGAAACCA